UACAAACUGAACAGGCAAGAAGUGCUCGACACCAUUAUGAGCACCUAGAGCUGGAAGAGAGGAUCAGGAAAACACUGGACCUGAGGGAGCACACACAUACAAGGUGGACCCCAUUUCCUCCAACUGUCAUUUUCUUUCUGCUCCUCUUUUCUUGUAUGAAGGGGAGAGAGCAAGACAGAUGGUGAAGAGGGGUGCGAGUCAUCACCAGCACAAAGCCACUUUCGAAGCAGGUAAAUUCAUGCAGGAAUUCAGCCUGACUACAUCUUCUUCUUUGUGAUCAAGACAGAAAGACUGUCUUUGGGAAAAAGGACAAGAAAACCAGGUGGAGCGUGAGAAAGGUGGGAGAAGGCAACACAUGGACAAAUGAAUCUUUUGACACUGUGAAGGUAGAGCAAAGUAGUGCCAUAAGUUUAUGCCUUGUAUAUGUGCUCAGCCAGAAGAACACAGAACACUUGGUUUUAUUGUAUUUGAAAUGGCAAGAACUAUAAGAAAGCCAAUUAUGAACAACACACUUCAUACUACAAUCUAACCUGUCUUAAAAAUCGAGCUACAAAAGGACUGUUUAAUGUUCCAGAAACUGAAGUUUGGUUUCAGAGCAAGACUUUAUUAAACUCAAAACCAUACUAUGUAUUAAGUAUCAUGUUGCAUGUUUUUAAAGAAAAGACAAAGUGAACAUUUAAAUCUCUGUUCCAAAUCUGAACUGGAAAAGUCUGUUACUUGCCUUCAACCAAGAAAACAAGCUCAUCCUGCCUCCAUGCAAAUGGACACGGGAAUGUGGUGGGUGCUCAUAAUAUGUUAACCAGAGACAGUGAGGAUUUCAUGAGCUGUAGCUUUGUUGUGGGAGUUUCAGCAAACCAGAGUCCAGAUUCUUUAUUCGAUUUUUGAAAGGGAAUAAAGCUAACUCUCUGGCUCAUUUUAACACUGUCUCUUUGGAACCUAUUAUCGAUUAGCUGGAUCGACUGAAAUAUUCUGGCAUCUGGUUCAUGAACCUACUCCAAUGGUAUUACAGGUGUUCGUGUGAUGAAAGCUUACGCCUUGUAGACUGCAAAAUGACCUCAGAUGUCACAUACCCUCUCCCCCUGAAUGUCUAUAUCAUCAUUCUUGGCAUUGGCCUCUUCAUCUUUAUGCUGAGCCUUAUCUUCUGUUGCUAUCUGUUCAGCCUGAGACGACAGGUCACACAGGAGCAGUUCGGAUACAAUGAGGUUAUUCUGAAGGGCUCAGAGAAGAAGCUAAGCCUUAUUGGUCAGACCUGUGCUGUUUGUCUAGAGGAGUUUAAGAGCAGGGAGGAGCUUGGUGUUUGCCCCUGCUCACAUGCUUUCCAUAAGAAGUGUUUGGUAAAGUGGCUGGAAAUCCGAAGUGUCUGCCCCAUGUGCAAUAAACCUAUCUGCAGGCUCCAUCCUGACCCUCUGCAGGGGGCUGAGGGUCUACAGAACCCAAUGCAGGUGUGACAGAAGAGGCAUGGUGUCAGGAAAAGAAAGAUAGAAGAACCUUUCGUCAUGUUGAACGUCUUCAGCUGUAAUCAAGCACAAUGCUAAAAAAAAAAAAAACAGUGUCACAUGAUAUCAUGUAGCCAAUUACAAUAUCUACCAACUUUCUUUCUACCACUUCAAAAAAAGUGUUUAACGAGGACUUUUGACUCAAGGAUGUCUUAAAAGUCUGAAAACAUUUAGCCAUGCAGCUAGCCUUAAUAAAAUUAAGGCUAUAAGGAUGGGUGAAGAGAGCAGGGUUUGAAUUUUAAUUAAGCUGCACAAUACAAUGAUGCAUUGAGAAGACAUAGCUUAAUACACAACACUGUUCACAACACUGCCCAUGGCAGAGGACACUAUAUUAUCACUAAUAAGAAAUCAUUAUAUGAACAAAUUUGUGAAAAGCAAGUAUUUUGGUGUCCCAAUCCUGGCCCAGUUGGAAAUCAUUUUAUAAUAUUUUCAUAUAUUCAUAUAUAUAAUCUUCAGUAACCUCAUCCUUAGCAGGGUCAUGAGAGAUCCGGAGUCUAUUCUAGGAACACUAGCUGUGAGGCUCAAAUACACCUUGGAUGGGUUGCGUAGUCAAUCAUAGUACAGAGAAACCAAACGUUACCAGAUUCACUUACAACAUUUUGAUCUCGCCAAAAUGUGUCUGUGAAAUAAAAUAGUGGAUUCAGGACCAGGUUUGGGUGAACUGGUGUUUUCAGGCAGUUUUUAAGUUAUUUAGAAGUAGCUAUUUUAUAUUGAAUGCAUUCCUUAAUAAAGUGUAAAAUUUCAGUAAUGGA